AUGAAGACCUCCCUUAUUCAAACUCUCUUCGUUUUUGCUGGCACAGUGAACUUGUGUCAGGGAGGUCUUAAUGCCCCAGCUACUGAUUCUACUGGUGAUGGUAAUCGAUUCUUGCAAGUGUUGCUUCAGCCAGAAGAACUUGAGCAGACCUGUGGAGAGCUGAAGUAUGCUCUGUUCAUUGCUGUGGAUGAAGGCCACUUGAGCAUGUUGGCUCACCCCACAGUGGAUAUUCCUGAGGGCGACGUUGAACAAAAAUGUGGACCUGUCUUGUUCCACCAAAAGGACCCUGCUACCAACGAAGUUGGCCAAUCCAGCUUGCACAAGUUCGCCUCAGGUGCUCUCUACCCUCUUGGAGACCACAAGAUGAGUGACAUUGUGCAGGCGUUUGAUUCCGUGCCGGUGUCUGAUGCCAAGUAUGAUAUUAUAAAGCAUCACUGUGCAUUGUUGGUUCUCCAAAUGUUGUGCUCAUUGGAGAUUCCUGUUAACCAGGAAAUGAAAGAUUGGGUGGGUGAUGAGCUCAUGAAGACGAACGAAGCCUGUGACCACAUUGUUUCUCUUUCCCAUGACAGUAUCAACUUUGACUUGCUUGGAAUUGCCCGCAAUGAGUCUGCGGCAGCUUCGAUUCGUACUUUGGUUGCCUAUGAUGCUGACAUGUUCUACUGUGCUGCUACGGACAAGAAGCAGCAAGUUGAGUGCUCUGGUGCAAGCAACGUGUUUGGAUUUCUUUCAGCUUUUGCUCUUCUUGCUGUUGUAACCGGAUUCAUGGCUUGA